CAAGUCGCUUGGGUGGACUGCGACCAAGCGUGGGAACCGGAAAGCAAAGCAAGAAUCACGACGCAACUCGUGUAGCAGAUAAGCCAUUCGCUCGUGGACUUCUGUGAUAACAACGCCGUCCGACCAAGCACUUCGGAGGCAGCUUUCUUCCGCCGCCAAAAAGGAAAAGGGUUUUAGAAAAGCCGUAAUGGAUUUCAUUCAAACCCCGUCAGCCCCAACUCCACCACCCCCUCCAAACCCGCGCGUUCUCUCCACUCGCUCCCAACCCUGUUCCAGCCAAAUGCCUGAAGUGGAGCUCAAGGAUUGCAAAUCCGCAAGGAAAAUGCAGAAAGCUGGCCAAGAGAAACUGCGGAGGUGUCGAGUAAACGAGCAGUUUGUAGAGUUGGGAAAUGCUGUAGAUCCUAGUAGGCCCAAAAAUGAUAAAGCAACCAUUCUGGUUGAUGCAGUUCAAUUGCUGAAGGACCUCACGAAUCAAAUUGACAAACUCAAAUCUGAGUAUACUACACUAAUGGAAGAAUCACGUGAGUUGACACAGGAGAAAAAUGAUCUCAGAGAAGAGAAGGCAUCUCUUAAAUCUGAUAUUGAGAACCUUAAUAUUCAAUAUCAGCAGAGACUCAGGGGAAUGUACCCAUGGGGUGCUAUGGAUCACACCAUUGUCAUGGCCCCACCAUCUUAUCAAUUUCCGAUGCCAAUGCCGAUGCCUCCAGGGCCAUUUCCAGUGCAUCCAUCUAUGCAGCCAUACCCCUUCUUUGGAAAUCAGAUUCCUGGGGUCAUUCCUAACCCCUGUUCAACUUUUAUUCCAUAUGUAACUCCAAAUACCAUGGUCGAACAACAAUCCACCCAGCACGUAUCUUCACUUGUGCAUCUAGGCAAACAAGACUCCAAAAACAAGUCAUCUGGGGAGAGCAAUACUGAAAAAAGAGAGGAUUCCAAUGAUGUUACUACAGACCUGGAGUUGAAGACUCCUGGAUCUACUGAAGAUCAGGAUUUGUCGCCAGUAAGAAAAAUUUCUAAGAAGCGUUCGAGGAAAGAAAACAGUGCUACUAAUGGGAGUUCUUCAAGUAGGUGUUCUUCAUCACGUAGCAUACAAGAUAGCUCAUCUGGUGGCAUGAUUGGUGGUGGAAAGCCUGACGGCUGAAAAAUGGGAAAGACUUGAACAAGAACAGAAAAAACCAGGCAGAAACGAAAGUAUCUUUUUAAAACAAUUUUGAAGAUGGGUUUUUUUUGGCCAUGCAUCACCUUGCAUGAAGGCCACAAAUAUGGCGGGUGGAUCGGGUGGUGUAUAAUGCUAUUGUCCACUUCUUCUGGGCAAAGGGAAGCGCUUUAAAGCUUUGUUUGUUUGAGGAUGAAAACAACGGCAGGUUGGGGGUGUUUUGCGGGGGUGUAUAAUCCAUUUGUGUACAUUAAUAACAAAAAUAACCAACGGUAGUUUGUAGAAAGUAACUUUUUUUGUGUAAAAGUUUGUAUUUAUAAUUUAUUUUUGUUGUAAAUGAAGGUCUUAAUGCUUAACCAAGACUAUUUGUUUAGUUAUUUAACAUUUUAACUUGGGGUUUGUGUGGAUCAUACAAACAAUA